CAGAUCCCACGGCGCAGAACUACCCCAAACACCAACCAAAAUCCACCCCCAAACUAGGUCAUCCAUGUCUGGCGGCGGGCAAGCAGCGGUCUCGUUCCUGACGAAGCUCGCAAAGGUGGCUGCCGGGUUGGGCUUGACGGCAUCUGCCGUCUCCACGUCCCUCUACACGGUGGACGGCGGCCAACGCGCGGUCAUCUUCGACCGCUUCCAGGGCGUUCUCCCGGCGGUCGUCUCGGAGGGCACCCACUUCCUCGUCCCCUGGCUCCAGAAGCCCUUCCUCUUCGACAUCCGCACGCGCCCGCACAGCUUCUCCUCCACCUCCGGAACCAAGGAUCUCCAGAUGGUCAGCCUCACGCUCCGCGUCCUCGCCCGCCCCGACGUGGAACGCCUUCCUGAAAUCUUCACCAACCUCGGCCUCGACUACGACGACAAGGUGCUCCCCUCCAUCGGCAACGAGGUGCUCAAGGCCGUCGUCGCCCAGUUCAACGCAGACCAGCUCCUCACCGACCGUCCCCACGUCUCUGCCCUCGUCCGUGAAGCCCUCGUCCGCCGCGCCGGCGAGUUCAACAUCGUGCUCGAUGACGUCGCCAUCACCCACCUCGCCUACGGGCACGACUUCGCCCAGGCCGUUGAGAAGAAGCAGGUCGCGCAGCAGGAGGCUGAGCGCUCCAGGUUCCUCGUUGCGCGUGCAGAGCAGGAGAGGCGUGCUGCUAUCGUUCGCGCGGAGGGAGAGAGCGAGUCCGCACGGCUCAUCUCAGAUGCCACCGCUCUUGUAGGCAAUGGCCUGAUCGAGCUCAGGAGGAUCGAGGCUGCCAAGGAGAUAGCUGGGGUGAUUGCGCGCUCACCCAAUGUUUCCUACAUCCCUUCUGGCAACAACGGCCAGAUGCUGCUUGGGCUCAGCACUGCCCGGUGAAUGAAUUGCCACUUAUCUUCCAGUUGGUCACAGUACUUUCGUCACUUCAGAUGCCCAAUUAUCCUUCACUUGAUUACAAUACUUGAAUAACUUCAGAUGCUUCGACAUAGUAGUUAUGAUUUUAUCGUAGAAUGGAGACUUCUAUUAUGGAGGAGUCAUUGAACAAAUGUUGUAUUUUGGUUGCCAACCUAUGCUAUAUUUGUGCUUAUGAUGCGUUCUUGAAUUACAUGAACCUUUUUUAUUAUUGCAGGGAUAUGGUCCUCAAUGGUUAUUGCUCA